UAUGUCUUCUGAAUCCAGCUAUGUUUCGCUUCACACUGGGCAAAAGAUGCCACUUGUAGGAUUGGGUACUUGGAAGAGUGAAGCUGGACAGGUAAAGGAGGCAGUAAAGUAUGCCCUCAGUGUAGGCUACAGACACAUUGAUUGUGCUACAGCUUAUAGCAAUGAGGCAGAGAUUGGUGAAGCUUUCCUGGAGACUGUUGGGGAUGACAAGACUGUUAAGAGGGAAGAACUGUUUGUGACAUCAAAGUUGUGGAAUACCAAGCAUCACCCGGAAGAUGUGGAGCCAGCCUUGAAGAAGUCCCUGGACGAUCUGAAGUUGGACUUCUUGGACCUUUACCUCAUGCAUUGGCCACAUGCCUUUGAACAGGGAGACAACCUGUUCCCCAAGAAUCCUGAUGGCACGAUGCGUUAUGAUUACAUUGACUACAAAGAAACCUGGAAAGCCAUGGAGAAGUUGGUUGCAAAAGGCCUUGUGAAGGCCAUUGGAUUAUCCAAUUUCAAUAGCCGCCAGAUUAAUGAUGUCCUUAGUGUAGCUUCUGUCAAGCCAGCUGUGCUACAGGUAGAAUGUCACCCUUACCUAGCCCAGAAUGAGCUGAUUGCUCAUUGCCACCACCGAGGCCUGGUGGUAACUGCUUACAGCCCUCUUGGUUCACCUGACCGUAUGUGGAAGCACCCAGAUGAGCCAGUACUGCUGGAGGAACCAAGCAUCAAAAAGCUGGCUGAAAAAUAUAGUAAAUCUCCUGCUCAAAUCCUUCUCAGAUGGCAAGUGCAGCGCAAGGUGGCCGUCAUCCCCAAGAGUGUGACUCCUGCACGCAUAUUGCAGAAUCUCCAGGUGUUUGACUUCAGCCUGACCGAAGAAGAAGUGAGCUAUAUUGGAAACCUGAAUAAGAACUGGCGAUACAUUGUGCCAAUGGUCACGGUGGAUGGCAAACUGGUAGCAAGGGAUGCUGGACACCCUCUCUAUCCUUUCAAUGAGCCCUAUUAACUCCUGCAGUCUUUAAGACAAAAGAUGAAA